UCCUGUGUUAGUUUUAGCAACCAAAUAUGGCGGGUUCAGAAAAGGCUAUAGAAGACACCUUAAAGCAAAGAAAUAUUUCAAAAGAGAAAGAUGUUGAACAACUUUAUUUAGCAAACAAGGGACUAGAAGAAGUGGUAAAUUUAGGAAAAUACAAAUUUCUACAGACUCUGUGGUUGAAUGGGAACAGGUUAAGGAGAGUAAAUUUUUUGACCAACAACUUUCACAUAGCAGAGCUGCAUUUACAAGACAACCAGCUGGUUGAGAUCACUGGAGCACUGAGUCAUCUAACCUGUUUACGAGUUCUGAUGCUGCAAAAUAACCAGCUAACAAAGCUCGAGAAAGUCGUCAGAGAAUUCCAGAAAAUGCUUACACUUCAUACGCUCAAUUUGUUCAAUAACCCAGUGGCUCAGGAGCCGGACUACCGUAUCUUUGUGAUUAACUCAAUACCCUCCAUACAACUUCUCGACAGACAAGAGGUGAGCAAGAAGGAGAGAGUCACAGCCAGGAAGAUCUACGAUCAGGAGCAGGAAAAGAUCCGAGAGACAGUUGCGUUCGGUCGCAGGUCAGAGGGUCCACCCACUAUAUACUAUCCAUGCGGUGAUAAAGUUAACAGACUAACAUCAGAUCCUACAGAAUUUGGAAAUAGCUUUUUCAGGGAUAAUCCUCCAUAUGAAACGUUUGAAGAUGCAAUAAAUGCUCGUCGUAGGAAGAAAUCUGUAACACUGUACACAUCAUUUGAUUGGUCGAGACUUCCGGUGUAUGAACAGCGCCGACAGAGUGACAAGCCCUUUGAUUCCCCAGAAAUCAUCACACAUGUGUACCGCUGACUGUAUUCCCCCAGGCUAGUCCCAGUUGAACAGUUUUGAUUUUGUCCAUUCAUGACAAAUCCAGACAAGACUGUAUUCAUACUCUGAUCAGUGCACUUCCUGCUAUUUUUAGAUUGUGAUAUUGUUUUUGGAGUACGUAAUAUAUUUAUUGGUUUUUAUUUUAGUUUUUGAAAUAUAUAUUUUGUUAUUGAACUUCAAAUUUUAUGAAAAGUACAUGUAUAUAAAUUUAUUAUAUACCAUCAAUGUAUCGUUUGUUGAUACUGUGGAUUUCACAGCGUGUGAUCCGGUUUUCCGGAUCACCACCCUGUGGUUUUCUUAUUCCGUAUCAGUAUCCUCUGAAACUGAUAACGUCACAAUGCAUCAAUGCAACAUUUUUUGCUUAAAAUAUUGGCCGCGUCACAAACAAAACUGCACACAAAACAUAAUUUCACUGUAUGUCUGUAUUUUUGAUAAUUUGGAUAACAUUUAGUAUCAUAUAAAUGUGGAUUUAAAAUGCAUAGGGGGUAUAUAAUAAAUUUAUCAUUACUACAGUAACUUGAUCCGAAGAGUUGGAUCAUGUCUCGUUGACAGGUGCGGAUCAUCAGAUCAAACUCGACGCUUCGUGUCUUGUGUGAUCUGAUGAUCUGCGCCUGUCAACUCGACGUGAUCCGACUCUUCGGAUAAAGUUACUGUAGUAAUAAUAUAUAUAUAUUAAAGAAUCCUUUUGACGUAAUAUACUAGUUGUAAAUACUGCUGAUGCCUAGUGAAGCAUUAUUGUUAUUGUUAAUAAGAAACCAGUAUUAUAUGUACAUUGUCUCCAACGCUUUUAAUGUUAUUUUGAAAUUACUGUGUAUGUCUCAAGAUUACCUCCCUUUGCUCAUCAUCUGCAUAAUAGUUGAAUACUGUAGAUCACUUUUAUUUCACGAGGCCUUAUCUUCAUGUGGAUACGCCGAUGUAUUCAUUCAGGAGACAUAACUGUCAUGAAUCACUAUUUAUUGCUUAAAUCUUCUAUGUAUAAGAGUGAUUUAUUCAUGAGAACUAAAUUUUAGUGAGUGGCUAAUCUCGCAAAAUUAUGCAUGAAUAAUGUUUUCUCAUGUAAAAUGUGAUUUGCAGUUUUUCAAUUUCGCUACUCAUGAUAUGCUGUUAUGGAAAUUGCUUUAUUUCAUUCUUUGUUGCCAGAAAUAAAAGAGAGGAAAAAAAUUAUGCAUUUAAACUUUAUUGGAUAUUAAUUUUUACUUUAUCGGAUAUUUUGAUAUUUACUGUAUCAUUUUGAUAUUUAUUCUUAUUUUAUCAGAGAUAAAUUUUCACUGUAUUGGAUAUUAGUAUUUACUUUUUGAUAUUUACAUUUCUAAUGUAUUUGCCUUUGAUAUCUUUAAAUUAACAAUUGAAAUAUGAUUGUCUAUUAAUUUCUUCAUGAAUGUGAACAAUGACUAUAUGAAUCUUGAUAAAUAUAGUACGACUAUUUUAACGACUUCCCAAUCUACGACAAAAAUGAAAAUAGAAUGUAAUUAUAAGAAAUAAAUGUCAUUUUUGAAAAUACAUAAGGGUAUGAACAGCAACGCUUCACGCUAGGCUACUUUUCACGAAGCACUUCUAGAAGUAUGCAGGUGUAAAGCGUUGCAGUCCGAACCCUCAUGUAUAUUUAAAAAAUGAAAUUUAUAUCUUAAUUAUCCCCUCACAAUUCAUUGCAAAAGGGGAUACCGUAACAAGAUCGUUCAUGUUCUUUAGCUCGAUUGACUUAGUAUUUCAGUUUUGUUUUUAAGAGAGGGAGAACCCUACUAAUUUUAGGAUUCAAAGGUCAAGGCCAUUAUGGGACUAUAUAGAAAAAACUUGUAGACAUUCAUAAGCUCGUGGGGGUGGGGGGUGGGGGGGGUAUACUGGAAUCGGGUUGUCCGUCUGUCCAUCCGUCUGUAGACGCAAUGGUUUCCGGGCUCUAAAGCAUUAUCCUUUCCACCUACCAUCACCAUAUCAUAUAUAUGGACUACCCAUGGAAUGAAGAUGUUCCCUAUCGAUUUUGGGGUCAAAAGGUCAAAGGUCAAGCGCACUGGACAUCGAAGUAGCAAUAUGGUUUCCGGGCUCUAAAGCGUUAUCCUUUCCACCUACAGUCACCAUAUCAUACAUAUGGACUACCCAUGGGAUGAAGAUGUUCCCUAUCGAUUUUGGGGUCAAAGGUCAUGAGCACUGGACAUCGAAGUAGCAAUAUGGUUUCCAUUUAAAUUCUUUAACGGCUUUUUUCAUCGCAUGGAGAUGCUGUGUUUCUAGAUAAUCCAUUUCUCCCUACAAACGAGAAUACCCAAGGUUUGUCAUGUCAUUUGUUUUUUACACUCAGAAAAGAGGUAGUUUAUACCUAUUACCAACACCCUUUGGGAGAUUGGGGUAAGCGGGGGGUAUUCUUAGUGAGCAUUGCUCACAGUACCUCUUGUUAAAUAUUAAAUUUGAGGAUACAUGUCUAACAAAUAAAUAACUAUUAGCAGAAAUAUCUCAAAUUUGUAAAAGUAACAAAAUGGCACCUACUUUAUGAAGAGUUAUGUAGCACAAUUCAUAGAAAUGGGAUUUUUACGAUCUUGGAGGAUUCACGUUUCCUUUAAUAUUUUAACGUACAUGUAUGCUAUCUUAAAAUUAAACAAGUUCAUACUGUUUUAGCAAGAAAUCUAUACCUAUAUAUCCAUGCAUGAAAAUUUUGUGUAGCAUGCAUCCUUAUUAAAUACUCAUUAAAAUUCUUGAAAACCAU